CAACGAGAAGCCAAAUUUUUUUUUUUUUUUUUUUUUUGCCUUUCUUCUCCCGAGAGGGAAACCAAAAUUGAAUACAAAAAUUGCUGAAUUAGGAAUCAAUCUCGCAACAAGCAAAGCAAUUUCACCGGAUUCCAUGUCGUGGGAGCUCUCUCUCAUGUUUCUCUGAGAAAUUGAUUUCGUCUCUGAUUUGGGAAAACACAAAAAAAAAAAAGCUUGGAAAGAGGUGUUUUUGGGAAACCCUAGGAGAGAGAAACUAAUUUUAGAAUUUGGGUGAUUUUGCCCGAGUUUUGUGCCCUAGCUUUUUGCGUUCGUUCCCGUUCUACGUUCAAUUCCCAGUUAAGUUAGAAUUCGAAUUUAUGGUACAUCCAAGGUGGUGAUGCAUGGAAACGUUUCAGGAUAUCUUCUAGUAAAUGCUGAGGUUGAUUCCAUGGGAGGAGUUAUUGAUAGUGGAGGUGGUAUUGGUGUUAAAACAUCUCCGCGCCGAACAGCAAUUGAGAAGGCUCAAGCGGAGCUAAGGCAAGAGUAUUAUGUCCGUGAGGAAAGGAGGAGAGAAUUGGAGUUUCUGGAGAAAGGCGGUAAUCCCUUGGAUUUUAAGUUUGGCAUUGCAACUUCACAAAGCGUCCAAUCUACAUCACUCACAGAUCAGCAAGCAGAGCAUUUUGUAAACAGUGAAGUCAAGGAUAGUUUUGCCCUGACUGCCUCACCACAUGGAGACUCUGUGGAGAGUAGCGGUAGACCUGGAGUUCCUACAAAUUCUGAACCCAAUACAGCAGAUAAUCUCUUACUGUUUGAUUCUGAAAACAAGUCAGUUGAAGGAGAAAGAAAUUUGAGAUAUCCUAAUAGGCAAAACAGAACUUCUGAGUCAGAACGAUCCUCCAAAGCAAAUACCAACCAGAAUACCAAAGAAACAGAAGAUUCUGCCAUCUUUCGCCCGUAUGCUCGAAGGAACAGAUCAAAGAUUAAUCGGGAUCCAUCUCGGUCAAGCUCUACGGAUUUAGUUCAGAAUCGUGGUGGUCUUGCAACGUCUAUAUCUAUUCGCAGAGGAUCAGUGGAAGGAAAGGGUUGCAUUCCCGAAGCAGCGAAUCAAAAGGAUAGGCAUACAACUUCCGUAUCUUGUCCAAUAUUUGCAAAUUCAAAUGGUAAUAUCGUUCCAAAAAAUAUAGUUCCCAGCAAUUCGCUGAAUACUAAGGUGGAUGGUGAACCUGUUGUACGAGAGAGUACUGCUGGAUCUAAGACUAGUCUAUUGAAAGAUGAAGCCGACAUUACAUAUAGAAAAAGCUCUGCAUAUUUGUCAGUUGGAGAGUCUGGCCUUGCUGUGGAGAAGGCACAAAUAGUUUCGACUGGUACAGAGAUUGGUUCUCCCAAAGCUGUAACAAUAGCUGGUCAGAAAAAUAAUUCUACCCAACUGAAUGGCCUAAGAGAUUCCACGGGAGAGGAAGAAAGCUUAACAAAUAGAGGAGCUGCAGGGACUAAAGGGUUAGAGUCAGAGUCUUCUCUUGCUAACAACAUAGAAGUAGAUGUAGAUAAUGGAAGGGAUCUUUAUAAAGUGGACAAACUUGACUCGGAUGAAAUCUCUAUGCAGAAGGCUGUAAGAGUAGAGGGGUUACUGAGUCAAACAGUUGAUGAAAUGACGAAAACUAAGAUUGAGGAUGAGACAGGUCGACCUACUACCAUUAUUAGUGAGUGCAUUCCUGAGAAAUUGGUUAAAAUUGAAAAUCAAAAUCACAGAAGUACAGCUGAGAUGCAAAAUGAAGAGAAAGGUUCUGAGACUGAGAAAAGGCUUCAAGAUGGGUUGGCUGUACCCGAAAAUGACAGGAAAGCUGGUAGUCUUUUACCUGAAAAUCCUUGCAGCUCGUUGUACUCUGAAAUUCCUCAGGCAUCUGUAGACACAAGUUCCUGCGCAGUUGGCGAUAAUUUAUUGUCAGGAACUGACAUUGAAGAAUCAAAACAUCAGCCGAGCUCAGAUGCAGUAGUGUUUGAUACUGUGAAGGAGGACUCCAUUCUUGAGGAGGCAAGGAUUAUACAGGCAAAGAGAAAAAGAAUUGUCGAGUUAUCUUGUGGUACUGCACCAGUGGAAGUCCGUGAGAAAUCUCAAUGGGAUUUUGUCCUCGAAGAAAUGGCAUGGCUGGCAAAUGAUUUUGCGCAGGAGCGCCUUUGGAAGCUGACUGCUGCCGCACAAAUUUGCCAUCGUGUUGCUUUGACUUGUCACUUGAGAUUUGAGGAACGAAAUCAGCACAGAGAGCUGAAAAAAAUAGCUUCAAUCCUAUCUAAUGCUAUCUUGCAAUUCUGGAGUUCUGUGGAGGUUCCUGGGGAACUGGAGGAGACAAGCAUGGAAAUUGUUAAGGUAUUUUACUGUCAGACCUUAAUUUUUGGUUGUGGGAAUGGUCUUUGAUGGCAAUGGUGAUCAUAUGGUUCUUUCCUUGUCU